AUGUUAAGAAGGGUAACAAAAGGAGCUUUCCAGAGCGAUGCCCUUCUUGUACCAGAAGGUUGUCUCUUCGAUCACCUCCAUAAUCAAACGAAAUGCUGGGAAUCUCACAGGUGGAAUUCAACAGCUGCGGAUACUUGCAGAGAACGCAACAUGAAUUUGAGGAGUUUCGCUAUGUUACUACCAUGCGGCAUAUCUCUGUUCGCUGGUGUAGAAUUCGUUUGUUGCCCGAAGAAUCUUAAAGAAAAUGUAAAGCUUAAAAAGCAUUUAGAGUUGCCGAUUCCCAAAAGCAUUGAUGACGACCUUGCCGAGGAAGUUGAAGAUGACCUCGCUGAAGAAGACGAUCUUGAUGUAGAUACAGAUAUUGAUUCUGAUACAGAAGCAGGCGGAAAUUUAGAAGAUGUUUUUAGUGAUCAACCAGAUGACGAGAAUAGCGACGAAGAGUAUCUCGAAGUUUACGAUAAUACAAGCAGGCGGCCUUUCACAACAUCCUCUACAAUAGAAAAAUCGAGAAAAGAUGGCACAGAUAUGUCUCUUCUAGCAAAUACUAGUCAAUCAUCAUCAAAAAUCCAAGGUACACCAGAUCCAUACAUGACACACUUCGAUCCAAGAUUAGAACACCAAAGUUAUAAGCAGGCUCAGAUGAGACUAGAAGAAGUACAUAAGGAAAAGGUAACAAAGGUGAUGAAGGACUGGAGCGACUUGGAGGAAAGAUAUCAAGAUAUUCGGGCGCGAGACCCAGUUAAAGCAGACGAGUUUAAGCGAUGGAUGACUACAAAAUUCCAAGAAACAGUUGCAGCUCUGGAAGCAAGUGGUGCUGCUGAAAAGCACCAAUUAAGUGCUGUGCAUCAGCAGAGAGUUCAGAAGGCGGUAAAGCAGCGAAACGAAGAAGCAAUGUCUUGUUACACAGCUGCGUUGAAUGAAAUUCCACCAAAUAUGCAUCGCAUUCAAAAGUGUCUUCAAAAAUUACUGAGAGCGCUUCACAAGGACAGACACCAUACAAUUGCUCAUUACAAGCACCUGCUAGAUAGCAGCCUCGAACAAGCAAAUCGAGAGAAACCAUCUACUUUGGAGCACUUGGCGGAAAUCAAUAGGAUCGCUAAUCAGAGUAUCCUCAUGUUAGAGCGAUACCCCGAAUUAAGUGCCAAGAUCGGCCAGCUGAUGGACAAUUAUGUGCUGGCACUUAGAAGCAAGGACGAAACGCCAGGUGUGCUGUUGGCCAUGCCUAUGGAAGCAGAAACAGCCAUUUUGGACAAGUAUCAAGAAGAUGUGGCCAGUAAGCAACAAGAAAAAGAACAUCAAAAGCAACUAGAACGCGAGAGAAAGGAACAGCGUAAAACAGAACGUGGAGAGUUGCGCACAGAGCAGUAUCAACACGAAGAGGGCGAGCCUGUAGUUGAAAACAAUAAAGUUCUACGAACAAACGAGGAACAGUUAGCAGAGGUAGCAGCAAUGCAGAGCGAAGCUAUCGUGCAAGCAUCGCACAGCAUGAAUCACGAUGUCUCACACUCAGAACCAAGCUACUCUGUAAUGCGUGAGAUCUACAAUAGAGAGAGCAGAUCAGCUUACUUUACUCUGGCUUUUGCCGGAAUUGCUCUAAUGGCUGCAACUAUCGUUGGAGUUGCAGUUUUUAAAAGACGCAGCGCAAGAAGCCCUCAUAAUCAGGGUUUCAUCGAGGUAGAUCAGGCAGCAACUCCUGAGGAGCGGCACGUCGUCAACAUGCAAAUUAAUGGCUACGAGAAUCCAACUUACAAAUACUUUGAGGUCAAAGAAUAGUUUAUCUAGAUGUCAUUUCGUAAAUAUCAGAGUAUAAGCUUGUAUUAUUCUUUAUUUUUCUUAAUCGCGUGUUUUUUACUUGAACAUUUCAUGCUCUGUAAGUUUGAAUGAGUAAAGGUUCACUAAAAAUCAGUGGCAUUUCACUGAAAAUCAGCGACAUCAUAUUUCAAUGGUCUUCUAUUAUAAAACGUUAUUAAAAUUUCAGUUACGCUUACUGCAAUUUCACUGAUUGUAAUAGCUAUAAGUAUGUCACUCAUUAUUCAAGAAAUUCCACUGAUUUAAAUCAAGAGAUUGCUGUUACGUCAUUUCAUAUGCAUUUUCAACAAAAAGCACAUAUCUUCAAGAGCGCAUUUUGAAUUGUACGCGUUCAUUUAAUUAGGAAUUUUUACGGUGAAGGAAGGGAUUAAGUUUAGAAAGAUUUAAAGAUUUUGUCUUUUGUUCAAACUAGAUUAGUCUUGAAAAUACAACUCCAACGACCGUCGCCUAUUAUUCACGUCCUAUAUACACACCUAUUUUGUGAACAAGUACUUUAGCGGAUCCAAUCUUGAUACUAGAGAAAAAAAUAGUGCGUUUGCUGCCACUUAAACGUGCCUUCAAAUAAACGUACGAGGCAUGUGUCAAAUCUAACAUAACCGAUCGCUAAGGCAAAAAUCUCAAGGGAGAUAUUUAAUAAUGUACCAAUUAAUGAAAGCAGGGAAAAUUGAUUCAAAAUACAAAUACUUAACGUACUGAACAUAAUGUUUUUAAUAUAAUUAAUUAAUUUUUAAUUAUGCCUUUUUUGACCUACUGACAUUUGCAAACAAAAUUUGGACUUUCUACGUGCUUCGUAUUCUGUUUAGAGGUAUGUUUAUAGUGUCAACAAAGCCUCUGCAAAAAUAUUAAAAACAAUUUGCGCUAAACUAUCGAUAUAUUCAACUUAUUGGAAUCCCUCAGAAAGUUGCAAUGAUAAAUAAAAUCAUGGCUCAAACCUGUCCAAAUA